GCGUGUGAGUGUUGGAAUGGGAAAACCAAAAUAGAGACAUUUUCGCGAAGAAACAGUGGAAAACAGCUGGAAAAAUGCUACGGGAGAGUAGUAUUUCGACGUGUCUCUUCAUUGUCAACUUUUUCCUCGUAAUCUCCGCCACGAAUCACUGGUUACUGACGAAGGAGGGCAAAAUCCAGGCACAGGUGGACUCACCGUACUUCCUGAGGCGCCCCGAUGACCUCAUUGCCUUCCUCAACCAGAGCAAGUAUCAGCAGUUGGUGGAUUCCCUGUACGCUGAACUGCUGCACAUCAAGACUGACCUCCGGAUGAAGAUCAAUCAUGUGGACUCUUACACUGUGGACUUUAUGUACCAGACCAAGUGCAUCGUCCAGUACUUCCUGCAAGAGAGUGACUUGCUCAAUUCCGUCACUACAAAGACGUAUCUGAGUCGCUUGUAUAAGCCUGACGUGGAUUCCUUGACCUUCGUUGAGGGCGGAGUACCGAGAUGUGGAAACUUUCUGCCCUUGCCGUUCUCCCUGCAGUGCUUUGAGCACCUCGAUGGUAUGCACAAUCGGAAGAACUUGUCCAUGAGCGUGGAGCAGACGCUGCUUCUGCUGGGACUGGAGCUCUCAAAUCCCCAUCUCGGGAACAUGUUGGUAACGAAGCUUCGGAGAGAUCCGUAUGCCUGGAGGUACCACACAUUGGCGUCCCUGUACUGGCGCUCCAAGGGAAAUGCACAAGAGGCAAUGGAGUGCGCUCGACGAGGUGUCUAUCUGGCGCCCAGACACCUGAAAGACAUAGCACUGCUCAGCAUGGGCACGAUUCUGCAGCGUUCGCGCAAACAUGCGGAUGCUGUGAUCGUUCUCGCCGCGGCUGUUGAUCAUGCGCCAAGUGCGGAGAACCACAUGGCUCUAGCCAACGCCUUAGUCCUUGUCUCGGAGUUCAAUCGCUCCCUGGUGCAUUACGAGGCGGCGCGAAGUCUAGACGGUUCGCUGUCGGACAAAGUGACACACAUCCGCAACUCGAUGGUGUGCUUCAAGUACAUCAAGAAGCGGCUGCUGAAAAUCGCCGCGAUCCUCCAAGAGAUGUCUGACAAGCUGAAGCUCUACGACGAGCGAAAGCACAUGCUGGAGGAGUCUCUAGAGAAGCUGCUGCAAGAGCAAGCGCCACUGACAUCGCGAGGUGAUCAGCACCGUGAUGAAGCGAGUGAACUGCAUCAGCGCGGUCAGUACUGCUCAACGCGCUAUCCAGCCGGCUCAUCAGAGCCCGUGCUAUUCUGCGACUUCGUGUCGGACAUCCAGAUGAAGCUGGAGACCGGGGAUCUCAGCGUGGACCUCAUUGUCACGUACCUCGAGCACGCUAAUGAGCUGAUUCACACGCAUAUGCGCACAAUUGGCGUCUUCGAGCAGCUCAAUGUGGACAACAUUGGAGACGACGACAUCGAAAGUCUGUUCAAUGGCACCGAGCUCCUUCCGCCCAGCGAUUCCCGGGCAGCCGCUCCGUAGCUUCUGCCGGAUGAUGUGCCAUAGAGUCUCCCCUCG